GUUGUAAACACAGUUGUUAAUCAACUUGGAUUCUAAGAAGGAUUGAUUGAUCUUGUGAAACAAUCUAUGGUCACACAAUGCAUCUCUUUUCCAGGACUGCAAACAUCCUCCUCCCAUCCUGUGGAUUAAAUCAAAGCUUCUCAUUGUCCUCACCUCAUUUAAUCGGUAAGCCUUCAAAGGUGCUGAAUGUGGACCUGAAGAAUGAACGGCUGUAGAAGGGCCCCUUACGUUCUAUGAAGCAAAACCAGGCCUCUUACAGUGUCUUCAAGGAUUACAGUUGAGAAGAUCAUGGAUGUCUCGAGUCCCAGAACUGAUGCCCUGUCAAUGGAGCCCAGUGCCAAGCUGUUUUGCUGUGGUUUCGUGAGGCGUUGCAUCCCUCUGGUGCAUAGAGAAGAGCUUUACCACAUCCUGCGCAUGACUGGACCCCUGCUUGUGUGCCGGUUCCUGAAUUUCCUCCUUUUCUUUGUGGUGACAAUGUUCUGUGGCCGCAUGGGGAACACUGUGUUAGCAGGCUAUGCAAUGGCCUCAGCUACAAUAAAUGUAACAGCUGCAGCGACGGGGUUUGGACUUGCUUUGGCAUGCGACACUUUGGUAUCACAGACAUUCGGGAGUAAGAACCUUCUCCGUGUAGGUGUCAUCCUCCAAAGAGGCAUCCUAAUUCUGACGCUCUUCAGUUUGCCCUGCUGGGCUUUGCUUCUGAACACCCAGCCUCUGCUUCUCUAUCUGGGGCAGGACCCUGAAGUGGCCAGGAUUGCACAGCUCUAUGUGGUUGCAUAUUUGCCAGCAAUUCCGGCCAUGUUUCUGUAUCAGCUGCAACUGUCAUAUCUUCAGAACCAGGGAGUGAUCAAGCCUCAGAUGUAUGCAUCUGCAGUUGCCAAUGUUGCCAAUGUGAUAGUGAACUACUUUCUGCUGUACUGGUGGGAUUAUGGAGUCUAUGGGUCUGCUGCUGCAAACACCUUUGCUCAGGUUUUUAAUUGUUUUGCCCUGUUUUGUUUCAUUCGCUGGCAGAGGCUCUAUGAGAAAACUUGGGGAGGGUGGUCUUCAGAAGCCUUCCAGGAUUGGGGGUCCUACAUGAAGCUGGCCAUUCCCAGCACACUGAUGACCUGUUUUGAAUGGUGGAUCUAUGAAGUUGGAGGCUUCCUGGCAGGAAUGCUGAGUGAGGUGGACCUGGCUGCUCAACAUGUGGUUAUAAUGCUGGCGUACAUCAACUACAUGAUCCCGUUAGGAUUGCAAGGUGCAGCGUGUGUUCGUGUGGGAAAUGCACUCGGCGCUGGGGAAACAGCUGCUGCCAUCCUCACCAGCAAGGUGUCUCUCAUCAGUGCAGCUGUUAUAGCAAUCUUUCAAGGUUUUAUCCUGGGCUCGACAAAAACAGUCAUUGGCUACAUAUUCACUUCCGAUGAGGCUAUAGCAGAACUUGUGUCUCAGCUACUGAACAUCUACUGCCCUCUUCAGUUCUUUAACGGAAUAUUGGGUGUUGGCAUGGGCAUUCUGCUUGGCACAGGGCAGCAGAAGAUAGCCGCUAUUGCUAACCUCUUUGGCUACUACUGCAUUGGCCUCCCAUCGAGCAUUGUUCUAAUGUUCACAGCCAAGUUACAAGUUGCCGGCUUCUGGCUGGGCCUCCUCAUUGCGGUCUUUUUGCUAGCGAUUUUUUUCAUUGUGGCUAUUUUCAAAUUAAACUGGAAGAAAAUGACAGAAGAGGCAAUUGAGCGUACUGGAAAGAGUGCAAAUGGAGCAAUCACCCGGAGCCAUCGCAACAGCUUCUACCAGGUGGUCCUGAAUCCAGAGAAUGGGAAUGGAUAUGUGGUUGUGGGCUCUCACGAUCAGGAUGAGGGACUCAACAGUACUGUGGUACACGAGGGGCCAAACGUGACUCCAGUGGAGGAAAAGCCUGCAGUUCUGCUAUCUACCACUCAGCUGGUCCUCAGGAGGGGUCUGACCAGCCUCGCAGCUCUUCUUAUCCUAGCUGCAGGGAUAGCUGUCCAUCUCAUCGUGCCUUUACCUGAGGUGUCUUAUGGUGCUGGUACAAAUUCUACUCUGGACUCAAACUUUACCACAGCCACUCCCAUUUAGUCAGUGAGCAUCAUUUGAAACCUGGACCUCAGAUAGAUUUACUGUGAACGUUUUCUAUUUCUAUGCUGUGCAAAUGAGAGGUAAUGAAGAAAUUGUAUUGAAUUCGAAAUAUAGAGGCAUUUUUACAUUGGUCUGAGGCUGUAUAUUGUGACCUAGACAGAGGAUCAUAUUUUUAUCCUGUGUGCACUUGCGCUGUCCACAGCAUUAGACCAAGUAGUAAGAAAAUCAAACAGCUUAGCAGCAAAAAGAUCUGUUCCCCAGUGGCACGGUCAUAUAAUCUCUUCAGUUGACAUUUCUAGUCAGGCGGCAGCUGGAGAAAUACUGUCAAAAAUAUAUUCUAUAGAGCCACUGUCAUAUAUUGAGAAAUCUGUAUUAUUAAACAUGGUGGAAUAGUGGAAACUUGAGGGGCUGUUCACACAGAAAGCGUUUUUGCACUGGAAAUGCCAGGUGCAGGGCAGUGGAAA